GCUGGGACUGGGAAGAUGAAGGUCAGUGUGCACGACGUGCCUAGUGGGAGAGGUUGGACGCUGCUCACCCCUCACCUUAUAUCCAGGUGUGCGGCCAACAUACUCAUUCACAGGUGUGCGGCCAACAUACUCAUUCACAGGUGUGCGGCCAACAUACUCAUUCACAGGUGUGCGGCCAACAUACUCAUUCACAGGUGUGCGGCCAACAUACUCAUUCACAGAAUGUGGACAAUUGUUUUUGGAGUGGUAGCAUUUGUAGUGUUUGCCUUGGCUGUUAUGGCAGCAGUUUUUGGCCACAUAUACAGGCUCCGGGCAGGCUACACAGCCUGUGUGGUUAGCUUGAAAGGCAAAACUAUAAUAGUUACUGGCGCAUCUGCUGGUGUUGGCAAAGAGGCAGCAAAGGACUUUGCACAUCGUGGCGCUCGUGUCAUCCUGGCUUGUAGGAACUCUACAAAAGCUACUAGUGUUGCUGAGGACAUUCAGUCAUGUACGGGUAACAAGGACGUGGUAGUGAGGCAGCUUGAUACAUCCUCCCUGCUAUCCGUUAGAAAUUUUGCCAAGAGAAUUCUUGCAGAAGAAGAGAGAUUAGAUGUACUGGUACUGAAUGCUGGUAUUGGAGGUGUAGGUAAACGAUGCUUGACUGAGGAUGGCCUUGAGCUUACCAUGGCAACCAACCAUUUUGGACAUUUUCUCCUUGCUAAUCUCUUACUAGGACUGCUAAAGAAGAGCACUCCCAGUCGAGUGGUGGUGACAUCAUCAAUGGCUCAUUCCCACCUCAAGACAUUAGACCUAAAGAAUCUGAAUUAUGAAAAGGGUAACUACUCAUUGUUACAGGCCUAUAGCCAGUCGAAGGCCUGCAACAUUCUGUUCACCCGUUAUUUAGCGGAAAUGAUGAAGGAAACUGGGAUAGUCGUGAAUGCACUGUGUCCAGGUUUGGUAGCAACAGAGAUCUUCCAGAAAUCUGGUGGCAUCCUAUUUGGGAAGAUAUAUCGAAUUCUCAGUCCCAUUCUGGGCAAGACUGCAUUGCAAGGGGCCCAGACAAUUAUCCACCUGGCAAUCUCAGAAGAAACUGCUAAGAUUACAGGGGAGUUCUUUGAGGAUUGUAAGAUAUCAGAUAAUAUAUCACCACUGGUCUGUGAUGCAGGGUUGGCCAAGAAGGUGUGGGAGGCCAGUGAGGCUUGCGUUAAUCUCCAGCCAGAGGAACACAGCUACUAAAAGAUGCAUCUGCUUUAAUGAUAAAUUCAGAUGAGACACUACAUGAACAAUGUAACAAAUAAGAACAAAAGAUGCUAAAUGAAAAAUGUUAAUAUUCUAUUUUGCAUCAAGCACUUUUUAGCUCAUGACAUUAACAAAAUAAUCUGUGGUUUCUUGUAUAAUGUUUGUUAGACUUUAUUUCUAAUUUUUGACUGUCUACAGUAACAUUAAUUGUAAGUCUUGAAAACAUAAAAGCAGCCCAGUUUCCCCGAGUGGUGGCACUAACUGCUGCAGCUGUGGCCCCAAUAAAACACCAAUGGGAAUUAUCAUGUGUUGAUCCCACAAUUGUUUUUAGUUGUGAGGAUAAUAUGAAAGUUAAUUAAUAGACAGUUGCUUGUGUAAAAUGUGUCUUGCCAGACAUAAGACAAGUAAUGUUCAACUUUCUAUAUGGAUUAAAAAGAACAAGUAAACAAAACGGGUAUGUGAUUAGCUGUUGGUUUAUAAAAAGUUGGAAAACCUUGCAAAAUAUGCAAGAAAUAGAAAUUGGAAAAAGUAGAAAAUAAUUACAAUUUUUAAAAAUAUCUGAAAGAUAGCUCGGAGAACUUCAUUUUGUUCUACUCUUAUCUAUUAGCAAACUGUACUGUAAAUUAUAGAAGGAACUUUUUUAACAAGAUACUGUAGUAGUAUAAUUAUAAUUUUUUUUAAUGAACUUUAUAUAUAUAUAUGCAUGCAAUAAAUAUAAAUUUGA